CAUUAUCGUGACACAUCUUCAACAUAAGGAAAAGCUUCCUCUUUGGAAGCGAUUUAUUUGCUUGGCUUGAGGAGCUGCUGGCUCCUACUCCCGGUUCACAUUUUGAGAAGGGAGCGGGUCGCUCGCUGCCCUCCCAGGCGCGACUGUCGAGCGGUGCACGCGAAACCAUGAGUGGGCUCCAGCUAGCGCCGUAGCCCUGGAGCUCGCUGGAACACGGCUAGUGCGCGCUAAAGCUAGCUAACUGAGGAGUCCGCUGGGAGCUAACGAGGCACCCAUCAAAGACAGCAACUGGAAGCGGGGACAGGGGACAGGACAGAGGACACGGGGUCUGCAGGACGGGUGGCAGAGGAGCAGAUCAAGACGAAGAUGAGCACGUCCUUCCCAUGGUUUCCCAUGAGUCUCACCUGGAGUGGCAAGGUCGUAUGAAGGAGGCGGCAGGGAGAAGAAAGGCACGUGGACGAUAAGCACGAGUCAUGAAUCUCCAUCAAGUCCUCACAGGGGCUGUCAACCCCGGAGACAACUGCUUCUCUGUCGGGAGCGUCAACAAUGUGCCAUUCACGGCCUACGCGUCAGGCUGCGACGUGGUGAUUUUGGGCAGUGAUUUCGAGCGACUGCAGAUCAUCCCCGGGGCCAAACAUGGCAACAUCCAGGUCGGCUGUGUCGACUGCUCACUGCAGGGCGGAAAGAUCGCAGCUUCCUAUGGAAGCAUUGUGUGUGUCUUUGAGCCGGUUGAGCAUCCAGAUCAAAAAGACACAUCGCUGACUAAGCUGAAUUGCCAGUGGCAGAAAACUGGUCAAUUUGUAUUGCAGUCGAUGGUACGGAACCUGGCCUGGCACCCGACAGGCUGCACUCUCUUGACCGGCUCCAGCAGCCUUCAGCUGUGGUCAAAUGCCGAAGGAGUGAAAGAUGAGUCUGAAGAAGUUCGAAACCAGACGGAUUUGACCAUCAGAGAUUCUCGCUCAGCCUGGAGGUGCAUCUGGCAGAGCAAGACAGCCUCUCCAAUCAACUUAAUGAAGUUCUCCCCUGAUGGGGAGUUCUUUGCUACUGCUGGGCAGGACGACUGCCUGGUGAAGGUGUGGUACAGCACCAGCAAGUGGAAGUCGGGCGUUUCCAGACUCUUCACUCCUCCAGAACCUGCUGAGCAUGUACAGGGAGCGCUCGCAUUCUCUUUUGUCUACCUGGCCCAUCCCCGCUCCGUCACCGGCUUCUCCUGGAGGAAGACCAGCAAAUACAUGCCACGAGGUGCGGUGUGUAAUGUCCUGCUCACCUGCUGUAAGGACAGCGUGUGUCGGCUCUGGGCAGAGACGCUGUUGCCAGGUGACAGCCUCCUUUCCGGUCACCAUAACAACCACGGUCCGAGCCAGCAUGGGGAAACCAAGCGCGGCGCCGGCCUCUCUGUGAAGAGCGGCUGCAACGGGAAGACGCAGAUGCAGACGUUGCAGGAAUUGAAUUUCCAAGAACCGUACCGCUCCUCCUUUUCCCGGGACCUGCCCCAGCCGUCUGUGACCGGCUACCUGCCUCACCAGCAGAGCCGCCACUACAGCCACAAGAAGAGCAGCAGCAGCACGCCGCACGCCAACGCCCUCUGCCACUUCCACAUCGCCGCCAGCAUCAACCCCGCCACAGACAUUCCUCUCCUGCCCUCCAUCUCCUCUCUGAACGCCGCGGAUGACGAGGAACCUGGAGGUCCGUUCACUGUCCACUGGCUCAACAACAAAGAGCUUCAUUUCACGUUAGCCAUGGAGGUCUUCCUGCAGCAGCUCCGGGGCAGUCUGGAGCAGCAGACCGAAUGCUCCGUCGAAGAGCCAGAAGACGAGGCUGAUUUCGAUGAUGAAGAUAACAAUAGCAGGCCGAGCGAGCCCCGGGGACUGGACGCCGUGGAGCUUCCGCUGGCAGCGAUCGAGCACCAGGUGGACGUGCUGCUGGAGGAGUGGAACAAAGGGGCCGACAUGCUGUUCAGUAUUCAUCCCAUGGACGGCUCCUUGUUAGUCUGGCACGUGGACUGGUUAGAUGAAUACCAGCCAGGCAUGUUCAGACAGGCUCAGGUAUCGUUUGUGUCCCGCAUCCCCGUGGCCUUCCCAGCCGGGGACGCGAUCUCCCUGAGCCACAGCGUGGUCAUGUACGCUUGCAACAAAAACGUGGAUCUGGCCAUCCAGCAUGGCCGACAGCGUCCGCCCGGCAGCGCCUUGCCUCAAACCAAAUCCGCUCUAAUAAGCUACGGAGGUCAAGGAAAAGUGGCGCCCAGCAGCAGCCUCCGGCUGAGCAUCUUCACCCCCAACGUCCUCAUGAUCUCCAAACACGCCGACGGCUCUCUGAAUCAGUGGGCCGUCAGCUUCGCCGAGGACUCCGCUUUCUCCACCGUGCUCAGCGUCUCUCACAAGUCGCGGUACUGCGGCCACCGCUUCCACCUCAAUGACCUGGCCUGUCACUCGCUGCUCCCCCUCCUCCUCACCACCUCCCACCACAACGCCUUGAGGACGCCGGAGGCCGACAACAUCCUGGCCCCGCCGGAGUCCCGCUCCUCGCAGUCCUCGUCUCUGUCCCGCGGGUCACGACCCAGCCGGAUGUCCCUGGGAACGAUCUCCCAGGAUCCCAAUGCCAUCUACAGCGAGCUGAUCCUGUGGAGGGUGGACCCGGUGGGCCCGCUGUCUCUGUCCGGGGGAGUCUCAGAGCUGGCCCGAAUAAAUUCUCUCCACGCGUCAGCGUUCGCCAAUGUAGCCUGGCUGCCCACGCUCAUUCCCAGCAGCUGUUUAGGUGCAUACUGUAACUCUCCCAGUGCCUGCUUUGUGGCGAGUGACGGCCAGUCGCUCAGGCUCUACCAGGCCGUUAUUGAAGCCAAGAAACUCCUGAGUGAGCUCUCUAAUCCCGAGAUAUCGAAAUAUGUUGGGGAGGUGUUCAACAUCAUCAGUCAGCAGUCCACAGCCAAGCCAGGCUGUAUUAUAGAGCUGGACGCCAUCACUGACUUUCAAGGGAAGGAGACGCAGCUUCUGCAUGUGUUUGAGGAGGAUCUGAUCCUCGGCAGUGAGAGAUCGGAGAGCGCUCAGGAAACACCCGAUUCUCAGCCCUUGAGCGAAUCGGCCUUCUCUGCAAGCUUCUUCCUGGUGGUGGUGGAACGGACCUCAACGGGGCGCUCCUUCCUCCACAUGUGGCAUCUCCAUCUCGCUGCUCGUCCCGUUACCAUGGAAACCGUCAUACAGAAGGAGACCAACUCGGCCUCCCCUGCGAAUGGCUCCCAGUUCGUCUUCGACACGCUCAGUUCUCCAAUAACCCAGAAGAGUAAACCCUGCACGUCCAACCUGCAGAGCGCCUGCCGCCUCAGCCUCACCACACACAGGCUCUACAGCCAGGAGAUGGCUCUACCGCCGGGGGUGGAGGCCAUUACUGUUACUCCCUCAGCAGGUCACUUGAGUGCAUCGUGUUCUUUGCCAGCCGGCCGGGUGCCUUACCUCCUCGCUACUUCCUGUUCCGAUGAAAAGGUGCGUUUCUGGAGGUGCAACGUUGUGACGGCAGACCCGUCCAGUAAGGACGACUUGGCGUACCAGUGGGAGGAGUGGCCUCUCCUGGUGGAGGAGCGGUUUCCCAGCAGCAGCGCGGUCAGCGUGCCCGGUCACCCCGUGGAGGUCAGCUGCUGUCACACCGGCCGCUUCGCCGUUGCCUACAGGCAGACGCCGAGCACGCCUCUGAACUCGACGCCUCAGGCGAACCCUCUCGGACUGCUGGCUUCUCCCCCCGCCUCGGCAUCCUCCCCACACGCACACCUCUACGGCGCCGGCACCCGAGUGACGCCGACCCUCACUGUACAGCCGAGCCCAAAUCUCUCCGUACUCUCAGCAAACAGCAGAGAACCGCUGGUCCACAUCGGGAUCUUCCAGUGCGAGUCUACCGGCGGAUCUCAGUGGAUACUUGAGCAGACCAUAGUCCUGGACACUCCAGAUCCCAUCGCUAAUUACGCUGUUAGCUUCACCACGUCGGACAGUGCCGACGUUUCACACAACUCGGACUUCUGUGUACCAAACGACAACUGUCUGGGUUCUACUAGUAAGAGCCUGGUUCACCUGGACUGGGUCUCCCAAGAAGACGGUUCACAUGUUCUGACUGUUGGUAUCGGGACGAAGAUCUACAUGUAUGGCCGCCUCGCCGGGAAGCCGCCGGAGCUGGGUCUGUCCUCUGAUGCCGGCAAAGACCAAAGCUCGUCCCGCCUGGUUCUGCUUCGAUCGGUCAGCCUGGUCUCCUCUGUCGAAGGGUCGUUACCGAUCCCCGUCUCGCUCUCCUGGGUGCGAGACGGGAUCCUGGUGGUGGGCAUGGACUGCGAGAUGCACGUCUACUCCCAGUGGCAGCCGCCGGCACCGGCCAGGCCCGCCGUCACCGUCGGCCAGGACACGGACAUCAGCAGCAGCGUCUCCUCGAUAGUCUCAGCAGUCAGGCAGAGCCAGGAGGAGGGCCUCAGCCCCGGGGCGCCCAAUCCACUGCUGGCCCCCCCCAAAAAGCUCCUGACAAGAUCGAUGAUGAGCCUGGCUCAGAAACUCAGCGGGAAGAGAACGGUUUACGACCUCCCCUUUGAAAUGGAAGAUUCAGGGCUUUUUGAAGCGGCUCACAAACUCUUUCCCACGUUACCACAGUACCACCCUGUGCAGCUGCUGGAGCUUAUGGACCUAGGAAAGGUUCAUCGUGCCAAGGCGAUCCUCUCCCACCUCGUCAAAUGCAUCGCUGGAGAAAUCGUGGCUCUCAAAGACAACGCCAGCAAUCCAGAGAAACGCGUGCGCUCCCGCACCAUCAGCGCCGGAGGCAGCACAGCCAGGGACCGAAAGAUGUUCAGCAAAGCCGAGAACUCCAGCUCCGACUACACAGAGAUCAGCUCCAUCCCUCCCAUGCCUCUGUAUGCCCUCCUGGCAGCCGAUGAGGAUACACCGAAACCUGAUAAAGUGGGCAGUGUGAGCGGGGAUAGCGGACACGGCUCCAGCCACACUGACGCCUAUGACGAGCUGUUUCACACACCCAGCACAGUGGACCUGGACCCUCUGGAAAGCGAACAAGAGGAAACGGGGAACAAGGUCAUCGACCUGUCGCAGUACAGCCCCACUUACUUUGGCCCGGAACAUGCCCAGGUUCUGUCCAGCCACCUCCUCCACUCCAGUCUGCCAGGAUUAACUCGCAUGGAGCAAAUGUCUCUAAUGGCGCUGGCGGACACCAUCGCCACCACGAGCACGGACCUCAAGGACAGCCAAGGCAAGAGCAAAGGGGGAGAAACGCUGGAUGAGUGCGGUUUGAAGUUCCUGCUGGCUGUCAGACUUCAUACCUUCCUGUCGACCUCGCUGCCUCCGGCACACAGACUCCAGCUGCUCCGGCAGGGCCUGUCGACGUGUCAUUACGCCUGGGCCUUCCACUCUGAAGCGGAGGAGGAGCUCCUGCACAUGCUGCCAGCCCUGCAGAAAGGCGAGCCCACCUGGCCGGAGCUGCGCUCCAUGGGCGUGGGCUGGUGGCUGCGGAGCACCAACAAGCUGCGCCGGUGCAUAGAGAAGGUUGCCAAGGCUUCUUUUCAGAGAAACAAUGAUCCUCUGGAUGCUGCUAUAUUUUACCUCGCGCUGAAAAAGAAGGCAGUGGUUUGGGGAUUGUACAGGUCUCAGAAGAACGCUAAAAUGACAGAUUUCUUCCACAACAACUUCAGCGAAGACCGGUGGAGGAAAGCAGCUCUGAAAAAUGCCUUCUCUCUGCUGGGGAAGCAGCGGUUCCAGCACUCGGCAGCCUUCUUCCUUCUAGCCGGCUCCCUGAAGGAUGCUGUUGAGGUGUGUUUAGAGAAAAUGCAGGACCUGCAGCUGGCCUUGGUCAUCGCCAGACUGUAUGAAUCAGAGUUUGAAACGUCAUCUACCUACAAAAAGAUCCUCCAGAGACACGUUUUGGGACAUGACAGACAGAUCGCAGCCCACCCGGACCCCUUCCUGCGGAGCAUGGCCCACUGGGUCCUGGAGGACUACAGCAAAGCUUUGGACACUCUGCUCGUGCAGUCUGCUCCCAGCAGCAGCUCUGGGUUCAUGGAGAACAAAUCUGACAGUUCCUGUUCUGUGUCUACGUGCAACCCCGAAGUUUUCAACUUUUACACGUACCUCCGCACACACCCGCUCCUCCUCCGCCGGCACUUCGGCUCUUCCGACAAGGCCAAGGUCGGCCUGACCGCCGAGGGCCGCAGAGCCGACUCCAUCAGCCUGGACGAGAGGAGGCUGUUUUUCACGGCCGCCCACGCUCACCUGCACGCCGGCUGUCCCAUGCUCGCUCUGGAAGUCCUCUCCAAGAUGCCCAAAGUCCGCAAGCAUUCCAGCCUCCUCGAUCAGGAGGACGCCGCCGCCGCCGCCGCCGAUCUCAGUGGCCAGACGUCGGACCCGGACUGGUCGCAGCCGGCUCUCAACGGAUACGAGUCGGACGGGAACAGCUUGUCCAAGUCGGACUCGGUGUUAAGUUUCGAUUGGAGCCAGCCGUCUGUGACGCUUCCCGAUGAGCCGCUGGAGCUGAAGUGGGACAGUGACAAAGAGGACGAAGGAGACGAUGCAGAAGAAGAAGACGACGACAUCGACGACGACGAGGCCAAGAAUGACAAGAGCGGCAAAACGGCGGACAGCGGCAGUGUGUUUCAGGACUCGCACGAUCAGGCAGAGGACGGCGAGGACAGCAGCAACUUCAUCGCGCCGUCUGACGACAUCUUGGUGACCCAGCUGAAGUUCGCAGCCUGCUUGAAGAUCAUGGCCAACGAGCUGAGGACGCUGUCCACGGGGUACGAGCUGGACGGAGGGAAGCUGCGCUACCAGCUCUACCACUGGCUAGAAAGAGAGGUGGUGGCUCUCCAGCACUGCUGCAGCUACAAGCCUUGUCUGCCAGAACUGUCUGUCCAGGGCGAUGCAGCCGCUUCUGGCCUGGUGGAGGAGGAACAGCCGGGGAGCCCCUGUGGUGACAGCCAGAGGAGGAGGAGGCACUGGCUGCAGAGCAAUCAGCCCUUACUGAGGAUGUUCCUGAGCUACUGCAGCUUGCACGGCUCCCACGGUGGAGGCCUGGCGUCGGUGCGGAUGGAGCUCAUACUGCUGCUGCAGGAGUCCCACCAGGAUGACUCCGUCCAGUCCGCGGUGGCGCUGAGCGCUCAGCCCUCCUCCGUCCCGCUGCUCAUGGCCUGUACGGCCAGCGUGAAGACCGUGGUGGCCAAUCCCAUGGUCUACCUCACCAACCUCACCCACGACAUCCUGCACACCAUCAACGCGCUCGACUCGCCUCCGCAUCCCGAUUUUGUAAACAAUGAGAUCUACGUGAUGCACACGCUGGCUGCCUCACUGUCGGCCUGCAUAUAUCAGUGUCUGUGCGAUGGACACACCUACAGCCACGUCAACCAUUUCACCGGCACCGUGUACCAGAGCGUGCUGCUCUCUCAGAAGCAGCCGCUCCGAACCGUCAGCAUGGACGAGUCCGUUCAGCCCAACACGUCUCCGGCACAGUGGCCAGGUAUCGCCUCUCUGGUCCGCCUGUUGAGCUCGGCGGGCGAGGAGAGCCAGCCCGGCUUGGCCGUGCUGCUGUGCGAGAUCCUGACCGCCGUCUUCCUCAGCCUGUUCGUGCACGGACUGGCCACUCACUCCAGCCACGAGCUGUUCCGCAUCGUGGCCCACCCGCUCAACAGCAAGCUGUGGGUGACGGUGUUCGGCGGAGGCGCCCGCACGCCCGUCAUAUCGAAACCCAGCAGUCCGACGAGAACCCCCCCACCAGCCUCCCCGAGCGGCUCCGACAAGAAGUCCAGACGAUUUAAGCUCCUCUCGUCACGCGGCGGAUCCAGAGAGGAGUCCGGGGCAGACAGGGAGGGGCCCUCCAGUCCCAGGCACGGCCCCGUUGUGGAGCAGGAAGCUGCCUCUGUCUUUAAAGAGCGAUUUGUGCCUCCAGAGCUCAGCAUCUGGGAUUACUUCAUCACCAAGCCGGCGCUGCCGCCCUCUGAAAACAGAAUCGAAUAUGACUCAGAGGAGAGCCAAGACAGCGAAGACGAAUACGACGAGGACGACGAAUACGAAGAUGUGUUUGACCCCAAUUCUCCGCAGAGAGAGCACUCGAACCACAACUCCUACAGCUGGUGUCUGAUGCGUCUGGCGAUGGUCCAGCUGGUGUUGGUCAACCUAAAGUCCUUCUACCCCAUGGCAGGAUAUGAUCUGUUAGACCUGCCGGUGGGAUCGCCGCUGUGCCACGCCGUGCUGAAGACGCUGCAGCGCUGGGAGCAGGUGCUCCAGAAGAGGCUGGAGCUUUUCGGGGGUCCGCCUUCCAAGUACAUCUCCACCCAUUUCCAGGAUGAGACGGCCACAACAGGCCCCGCCUUGCUCAGACACAAAGCCCUGUUCGAGCCGUCCAACACCCCAUUCAGGACGAGCCACCACUCGGCGCUGCCCAUCAAGCGUUUAUGGCUCUUCUUAGUCAAGCAGGAGGAGGUCCAGGAGACUUUCAUCAGAAACAUCUUCGCCAAGAAACCCGGCACAAAUCAGUCGGUCGAGGAGCAGACUGACAAUAUGAAAUGUUCAGGGAUGGACGAGACAGGAACCAAUCAGGCUGAGUCAGAUCUGGGCAGCCCCGGAGGGAAAGCGCGCAUCAUCCACAAGGAAUCAGACAUUAUCACAGCGUUUGCCAUCAACAAGGCAAACCGUAAUUGUUUAGUCAUGGCCUCCACCCAUGACAUUCAGGAGCUGGAUGUGUCGUCCAUCUUGGCCACACAGAUUCUGACAUGGAUCGAUGAUGAUGAUGCUGAAGUCAAAGGUGUUGGCGGGGAUGAUUUCCUGGUGGUCCACGCACGGGACGACUUCGCAGCCCUCCACGGCACCACGCCGUACACCAACAGCAGCCCCGGGACACCCAUCAGCGUGCCGUGGCUCGGGGGCGUGCAGACCGGCAGGGGAGCGGCCGUGAUGAUCAAGAGGAACAUCAACAACGUGAGGAGGAUGACCUCCCACCCCACGCUGCCGUACUACCUGACGGGGGCGCAGGACGGCAGCGUGCGGAUGUUCGAGUGGGGCCACUCCCAGCAGAUCAUCUGCUUCAGGAGUCCGGGCAACUCCAGAGUCACCAGGAUACGAUUCAACCACCAGGGGAACAAGUUCGGUAUCGUAGAUGCCGACGGAGCUUUGAGUCUCUGGCAAACCAACACGAGUGGGAACGCACCCAAACCCUACCUGACCUUGCAGUGCCACAACAAGACGGCUCACGACUUUGUCUUCGUGGGCUCCUCGUCUCUCAUCGCCACCGCCGGCCUCUCCACUGACAACAGGAACGUGUGUCUGUGGGACACCCUGGUGACGCCCGCCAACAGCCUGGUUCACGCCUUCUGCUGCCAUGACACCGGCGCCACGGUGCUGUCCAUGGCGCCCCGGCAGCAGCUGCUCAUCACGGGCGGGAGGAAGGGCUGGAUCAGCGUGCUGGAGCUGCCCCACAGGCUGCAGCGGCAGAGCUUCCAGGCCCACGACUCGCCGGUCAAGGCGCUGGCGGUGGAUCCCACCGAGGACUGCUUCAUCAGCGGCUCGGCCGAGGGCAACAUCAAGAUCUGGAGCCUGGCCACGCAGUGCCCGCUCUACACCUUCCCCAACGAGCACGCCCGCCAGUCGCUCUUCAGGAACCUGGGCACGGGCGUGAUGCAGAUCGAGGUGGGGCCGGCCAGCCACAUCUUCUCCUGCGGCGCCGACGGCACCAUGAAGAUGAGGAUGCUCCCCAACCGCUACAGCGUCAACAACAACAACCCCAAGAGCGAGGUCCGCUUCUUCAUCUAGACGGGCGGAGGAGCCGGAGGAUUCUCCAUCGCAGCGUCCAGUCAGCGGCGCACAGGGAGCCGCUCCAGCUUCUUUCUUUGCACAACAAGCUGCUGAUGGAGCGGCAGCGAGGCCGGACUGAAGCGCCGCCCUCCCUUCGGUGAACAGGCUGCGCACAGCCAGCGGCGCUCGCUCAGAAAGCACAGUUAAACAAACACACACACACACACACACACACACACACACACAGCAUCACGGGACUCUGCGAGAGGAGAAGACACGAGCAACGAGGCGCCGCGCUGAAGGAAAAUUACCGGCUGCCAGUUCCACGUCAGGAACGAACCGCAGCGGCGUGAUUGUUAUAAAUGAUAAACAUCUCAGUUCAGAGCAGCACUUUGACAGUUUUGGGGAAUUUGUCCGUUCACUUCAAAGAAGCUCUCACUCACACACACCGCUCUCUACCUGCUGCGUUGGAAGUUUCUUUUAUUAAAUUCAAUUCCUCCACAGACAGGAGAGUGGAGUCGACCUCUGCUGCAGACUGAAACUCUCCCACGUGCGGACUGGACUGCCUGAAUGCACCAAACCUCUCUCUGUAUUUGCACAAAUAAAUGAAGCUAAACGAGCGUGACGCAUUAAAAUAGAGGCGGACAGACGCUAGAAGCAGCCCAAGUGUUUAUUGAUGAGAUGUUAAUCCUUUCCAUAUAGUUGCAGUGUUUAUUUCUUCCGGCCCGGAUUGAACCAGUGGUAUUAUUACAAUAUAUUACUAUCAUAUUAUUAAGUGUCCUUAAAUCUCUGAACUUCUUCUGCCAGCCCGGCUCAGUCGGUACCUGCUGAUAUCCAGAACCGUUGCACAGAGUAGCUUUAACUCAACUCGGCCCUUAUUGGCUCAGAGACGUUUGAACAUGUAGCAGGACGCCUCGCUGAUGACAAUGGAAGCGGGUCUCGGGGGGUGGGGGGGUGGGGGGGGGGGGGGGGGGGUGAAGCAGGUCUGCAGAGACGUCCCUGCUUUCGUUCGGCCAUGGAGACGUUUUGCUUUGCCUUUUAGUUCCCUCUCCUUUCAGCGGCAGGCCUGCUGUUCUCGUUUGUUGCGUUUCAGAAGACUAUAAUCCGUGACGCUAACCCUCAUCCUGCUGCUGCCAGUAAAAUCAUUUUAGCUUUGAUUUCAGGGUUUAUUGCAGUUCUGUAAAUACAGGUUCACCGGCGAAAUAAUCAGUCGUCGGUGAGCGCUGGAAAAUGACGCGAAGUGACUUUAUGAAGAAUAUCGUGUAUAAACAGGUAUAUUUAUGAAAACAGUUGUGAGUAGGAUUUUAGACUGAUCGAUCAAAAAAGGCAGCCGUCAUCUGAUUCUUGGGUUCCUGCUUCGUUUUAUUUCUCCCCCUCCACAAAUCGAAGUGGCUGGAAAACCAUCAAAUCGUUGAACAAGAAGUGCUCCUGCAGACGCCGGAGAGCUUUUCAUCAACUCUGGAAGGACUGGUUUCGGGUCGGAGCCGCUGCACGAGCACAUCAAACAAAAUCCACUAAAACCAAAAGUUACUGCUUUUUUUUUCCCCCUCAAUCUUACAAAUGUGAAUUUGAUUAGAUGAUUCUAAUUUUAUAAUGAAGAUAUUGUAUAAAUCAGUGUAUAAUAUAAAGAACAUGUACUGAUGUAAUAAAAGUUAUGUAACAUCAA